AUGCACCACGUCCUUGCCGCCAAAUUUCUUGCGUGCGCCAGCAAAAGGCACCUACAGGGGUCUGUAGGUGCCCAUUUGAGCCGUCAAGUAGGGUCUUAUCUCUCUCUAAUUCCACCACGUCACGCAUUGCGAAUUGUAAACGUUCCUACAACCACGUCCAGCGACUCCGUAGCCAAUCGGAUCGCAAUUCUGGCUGGAGCAGCAGCAGCUAUCGCUGGAACCGUAGGGUGGAAAACGGGUACGGCACAUUUGGAGGCGAAUCCGGACAAGAAAUCUAAAAAGCAGUAUGAAUACACUGAAGCAGUGGAUUCGAUCCGUGACCGAGUUUCCGAAUUCCGUGCAACGAUUAAGAGCAGCGAGAACCGGGUUCCCAACGCUUAUCCGAUUCCUAAAAUCGGAAUAUCCAAAAUGUAUGCACCUAAUGGCGUGGCCACAAUCCGGAUCGAGUUUGCGUGCCCGUCAUUUGUCGACCAAGAGUCAAUCCUUGGUCGCUUUCUACUCCAGUUAAUGAAGACAUCGACGGAUGGUUUCCGCCAGGCUGUUGAGGUGCUCCCGGUCACGCUUGACAGCACAAGGGAAAAGAGUACUGCUGAAUUCAACGAACAACCUGCUGUGACGUACCUGUACUCAAACGGCUCUGGAUCUUUUCGGUUCUUGUGCGAUACAUCCUCGCUGCAAACGAUGUCGAAGUUCGUGUUUUAUAAAGAUGAGUUCCUGACGCAAAAUGAAAUAGACGCCGUCGUCAGUGCCUACGAGGAGAUUUACUCGCCCGCAAAUGUAAACGCGUUCUUCCGUCGCGAUCUUGAGCAGCGCCAAAAGAGUGCCUUUGCCAGACGUGGUCUAAACUCGGCUGCUGCAAGUGCUGCUGCAUCUGACAGCAAGGAAGAAGCGAUUCAGCAGCUACAAAGUCUGGGAAUUGACGUGUUUGAGCCGACUCAAAACGAAAUCAGCCUCACUUGGGAUAGUUUGGCAGGGUACGAUGAUGUGAAACUGGAGAUCGAAGACACUGUCGUGCUGGCGCUUCAAAAUCCGGAGCUGUACGAGCGCAUUGCACAGAAGACUCGAUGUCGUUAUGAAAGCAACCGUCCUCGUGCUGUGCUAUUUGAAGGUCCUCCCGGUACCGGCAAGACGCUGAGCGCGCGGAUUAUUGCGCAACAGGCAGGGAUUCCUAUGAUUCAUAUUCCGAUCGAGAGCGUGGUGUCGAAGUGGUAUGGCGACAGUGAGAAGAAAAUGUCGGCAAUCUUUGAUGCGUGCGAGAAGUUGGACGGGGCCAUCAUUUUCAUCGACGAGAUUGACGCACUUGCUGGAGAUCGAUCAGGAGGUACCAUGCACGAGGCUUCUCGGCGUAUUUUAUCAGUUCUGUUGCAAAAAGUAGAGGGCUUUGCCUCGGCCAAAAAAACCACCGUCGUGUGUGCCACAAACCGAAAGCAAGACUUGGAUGCCGCACUGAUCAGCCGUUUCGAUUUGUCGAUUCGGUACAACCUUCCGGACGAAAAAACUCGCCAAGCUGUGUUUGCUCGAUAUGCCAAGCAGCUGUCUGACGAAGAACUCUCACAGCUAGCUGCUGUUUCCCCGCAUCUUUCAUGCCGAGAUAUCAAAGAGAUUUGUGAAUACGCAGAAAGAAAGUGGGCUUCGAAGGUGCUAAAGAAGGAGGAGACGAUGGAGCUGCCUACGUUGCAAACCUAUUUGGAGGCCGUAAAAGCCCACGCAGGUGGACUGUUCAACCACUUGCAACCUGACGUAUACGAGGCAUAA